AUGAAGGAGGAAAAAGCAAGCGAUCCUGACGAGAGGGAUAAGGGCUUGGUCCUUUUUACCUGUGCAUCCAAGAUUUGUUUUUAUCUAGAGAAGCGGCAACGGCAACACUCUCUGGAGGUAUUGCGCAGUCAGGUAGAGGCCGAAAAGCUCCUGGUCAGUCCAUCCAAUGAGAUCCGAAUAGCUGCGGCAACGACCCAAACAGAAAUAUCAGCAAGGGGGGCAGAUUUUGAGCAAUCAAAUGAAACUAAUCACCAUUACCAUGCCAGCACUUUUAAGCUAAGCAAACCCAAAAGAUCAAAUCUAAGGAAGAAAGAUGCACGUUCGGUGAUAAUAAAGAGGAGCAAAGAUGUUGUGAAGUUGAAGGAAGAAAGAUGCACGUUCGGUGAUAUUAAAGGGGAGCAAAGAUGUUGUGAAGUUGGUGGUCUGAUUUCUAUUGAGUUGAUGCAUUUCCUUGUGAGACUGUUCAAAAUUUGGAAGCUCAAAUGGAUUAUA